CGCGUAGGCCCUAGUUAUACGAUUGAUACACUAAAAGCACUACGUCAAGAAAUUGGAUUAACCACCAGCAUCGUUUAUUUGAUUGGUGCUGAUCAGCUCGUGAAUUUAUCGACAUGGAAAGAUUAUCAACACUUAACACAGUAUGCUCAUCUUGUUGUCUGUUUGCGCCCUCCUUUCUCACUGGAUCACCUAAAUCCUAGUGUGAGCGGCUUGUUGGCCAAUCAUCAAAUCAGUCGACAUAUCCUCAACUCAGAUUCGCCAGCAGUUUGCCGAUGGGCAAGUCUCAUUGGAUGUCCCAGCUUCGAAAAUUUACAAAAAGUCAUUGUUAAUGCCCUCGAAAAUAUUAAAGCACAAGAUAUUGUUGUUUUUGAUACCACACAUUUAACCUCUUUAUUUGACCGCGUUAUUAUUGCUACGGCAAGCUCAAACCGUCAAACCCGUGCGCUUGCUGAUUCGGUUCAUAAAGAUGUCAAGGCAGCAGGUGGUGAAAUUAUCGCUACUGAAGGAUUAGAAACGGGAGAAUGGGUGCUAGUUGAUUGCGCCAUUGCCGUGGUACACAUUAUGCAAGCACCGAUUCGUCAAUACUACAAUCUGGAAGAAAUUUGGGGCGAAAAAACGGUUGAUGUCUAUGCUAAACCAGCCAAAAAAGCUACGAAAAAGACCGCGACUCAACAAGAUGAUGUCGCUAAAAAGACCACAAAGCCUCGUCAAGCAGCGAUCACCAAAACUCAAAGUGCUCAACCUACCAAG